AACCUGUUGAAGUUGAGGCACCAUCCCAGAGAUUGGUUACUUCAGUUCUGACAUACCUAACCGCUUCAUGAUUUUGUUGACCAUUUGAAAUGUUUUGCGAAAGACGAAUCUGCUCUAUCUCUGCAGCAAGUUCGAUCAUCUUUGGCUGCUUUUUACCACUCAAGCUCAAGCAUCGAUAUGCAAGUUUGGCAACCUUUGCUAUCUCUUAAUGUGCAGAACUUUUCCUUACUUGAGCAUCAAGAAUAUUGAAGAGUGGAAAUUUUUAAGAUAAAAAAUACAUUGACUUCGGGAUUUUCUUUCUUCUAGGGUGCUAACUGCCUAGAGAGAGAAAGAAUAACCGUCCCGUUUUCCUGCCGAUGGCGCGUUCCCACCGGAAGUCGCCGACGAUUCCCAGUUCUCAGUCACCGUCACAUUCUCCUAUAACCUGCCAAACCCCAUCUGCGACUAGUUUUCCAUCGUCAUCGUCUGUCGAAGUGCUUCACUCAAAGCUCGCGACUGAAGUAAUGAGGCUUACGGGAUCCUCGCCUUCUGUGGCCAAUCCACCGCCUCUUGAUUCUAUGUUGCCCACUAUUUCCACUAUUCUUCCGGCUGGCAUCCUCGGUGCGAAGCCUUCUGCCUCUCCUUCUUGGGCUGAUGCUGUUGCCGCUGACUCUGUAACACGUAAUCUCUCUUACCACCCUCCUGAAUUGCGUGAUGGCAAAUUGGUUGUGAAAUGGCCUAGAUCUGUUCAUGAGGAAGGGAUAAAAUCUUGGGAAGAUUGCUUAGUCGGGGUUUUCAUAGGUGGGUCUUCACCCAAUUAUGGAGAUAUUGUACACACAAUGAAUAUGCUUUGGGGAAGAAAAGGGAAAAUCCUAGUUACUGGUAUGGGAAACAAUACAUACUUGUUCAAAGUGCCUGAUUCUAUAACUAGGGAUUGGAUCCUUAGGUCCAAAGUACCCUGGCAUGUGAACCAUAAGACCUUGCAUCUCCAGCAGUGGAAACCCGAUAUUGAGUUGACUAACCUGAAACCUUCUAAGAUGCCCAUAUGGAUUAAAGUUUGGAAUGUACCUAUCACUCUGUAUACUAAGCAAGGUUUGGGUUAUAUAGCCAGUGCAAUUGGUAUCCCUAUUUCUCUGGAUAAAGCUACAGAGCUGCGCACUAAUGUGAAUUUUGCUCAAAUCUGUGUAGAAGUUGACCUUGACAAAAUUCAUCAACUCCCUGAAUCUGCCUUUGUUGAAGCUGAGAAUUGAUUGCCAGUGGAAGUUAUGUUUGAAUAUCCAUGGCUACCUGUUAAGUGUGAUGCUUGUAACAGGGAGGGGCACACCAGGAAGGAUUGUACUGCAAAGCCAAAAAAAUCAGUGCAAAAGCAAGAGUGGCAAGUGGUAGCUAAGAAAGGGAAAAGUAAGCA